GACGUAAGGAAAAUCAAUAAUACAGUUCGUUUUUAAGAGCAGAAAUAACAUUGUUCGAGUGUUGUGAUAAUCCUAAAAUCAAAAGCAGCCAAUUUGAAUUUGGAGCAUAGUACAGAGGAACACAAAAACGGCAAUUGAGACCAAGUUAAUCACAGGAAAAGGCAGAGUUCAUCGAAAGCAUACAAAAUGUAUCCAUCUAACUUCUAUAAGAUGAAAAACUUUGCCAAUCCAAAGACCAUGUUUAAGUCGUGCUCUAACAACGAAGAGUUCUCCACUACGCCAGUGCAGAGCUGCUCGUCAGCGACCAAGAAGGCCAACAAGCCGAGCUCGGUCAGCGGCCGCAGCGGCAGCGGCAGCAGUAGCAGCGCUAGUUAUAAGAGCGUGAUGAAUGCAACUUGCUGCAGUGGUGGCAGUAGCGUGUGCUCCCCGCUAUCGACACCUCGCUCCGAUGUGAGUGGAGGCACCACAGAUGACGGCUAUAUGACCCCAUCGGCGAUCCUAGAUCCAGUCAGCACAGAUACAGUCAGCCUCGAUGUGGCUAGCGGCAGUGAGCCAGAGCAGACGCCAUCGGAGCCGCAUCAUCCUCUGAACAGCGAAUGGACACUGUGGUAUUUGGAGACAGAUCGCACCAAGACCUGGGAGGAGAUGCUGCACGAGGUGGCCAGCUUCAACACGGUCGAGAAUUUCUGGAGUCUCAUAAAUCACAUUAAGACGCCAUCUGAGAUUAAAAUGGGCAGCGACUAUUGUCUGUUCAAGAAGGGAAUACGUCCAAUGUGGGAGGAUGAGGCUAACGUGAAGGGCGGUCGCUGGGUAAUCACCCUCAACAAGGGGAACAAAAACGAUUUGGAUAACUUUUGGCUGGACACGAUGCUUGUCUUGAUCGGCGAGAGCUGUGACUAUUCGCAUGAACUGUGCGGCGCUGUCGUCAAUAUACGUGGCAAGAACAACAAGAUAUCCAUUUGGACAGCCAAUGGCAGCAACGAGGCAGCUGCUCUCGAGAUUGGCGGCAAGCUGCGAGACGGCCUGCGCAUGGAGAGCGCCUAUGUGCUUCAAUAUCAACUGCACAAGGACACCAUGGCCAAGCAGGGAUCGUUGGUCAAAACUAUCUAUACUCGUUGAUUAUUUGGCGCCGUGGCACACGCUGGCUAACAAAACUAACCUACCCUCACCCUUC